AUGGAAGAGGAGGAGGGGACUGCCUUCUCUCAGGAGGAGGUGGUAGUAGUGGUGGAGGAGGAGGAGGAGGGGACUACCUUCUCUCAGGAGGAGGUGGUGGUGGAGGAGGAGGAGGGGGGGACUGCCUUCUCUCAGGAGGAGGUGGUGGUGGAGGAGGAGGAGGGGGGGACUGCCUUCUCUCAGGAGGAGGUGGUGGUGGAGGAGGAGGAGGGGGGGACUGCCUUCUCUCAGGAGGAGGUGGUGGUGGUGGUGGUGGAGGAGGAGGGGGCUGCCUUCUCUCAUGACACCAAUGAAAUUGUUGCUAUUAAAAAGUUCAAGGACAGUGAAGAGAAUGAGGAAGUCAAAGAAACGACGCUGCGAGAACUCAAGAUGCUGCGGACUCUGAAACAGGAAAACAUCGUGGAACUGAAGGAGGCGUUUAGGAGGAGAGGGAAGCUGUACCUGGUGUUCCAGUACGUGGAGAAGAACAUGCUGGAGCUGCUGGAGGAGUUUCCAAACGGAGUUCCCACAGACAAAGCCCGCAGUUACAUCCUGCAACUGAUCAAAGCCAUUCACUGGUGCCACAAGCACGACAUCGUCCACCGAGAUAUAAAACCAGAGAAUCUCCUCAUCAGCUCCGAAGAUGUACUGAAGCUGUGUGACUUUGGCUUCGCACGGAAUCUCUCUGAGGGAACGGACGCCAAUUACACCGAGUACGUGGCCACGAGAUGGUACCGCUCUCCAGAACUGCUCCUGGGGGCUCCGUAUGGGAAAGCCGUGGACAUGUGGUCAGUGGGAUGCAUUCUGGGAGAGCUGAGCGAUGGGCAGCCUCUGUUUCCAGGAGAGAGUGAGAUUGACCAACUCUUCACCAUCCAGAAAGUCCUGGGUCCUCUGCCUCCGGAGCAGAUGAAGCUAUUCUACAACAACCCUCGCUUCCACGGCCUGCGGUUUCCAACCGUGAACCACCCUCAGACUCUGGAGCGUAAAUACCUGGGCAUCAUCGGAGGAGCUCUGCUCGACCUCCUCAAGAACCUCCUUCUGCUGAACCCCACGGAGCGCUUCCUGACGGAGCAGAGUCUGAACCAUCACGCCUUCCAGAGCCUGAGGCACGUGGACCGACCAGGACCCCCCACCCCCACCCCUGCCCGGUCAUCCAAGAGGAAGCCCCACCAUGGAGACAACACCACACCCAGCAGGAGCCACGGAGGGAAGAGUUCUGGAGGCCAUCGCUCCAGCAGCAGAGAGUGCUCCAGUCUGCCUCGUCAGGAAGACCUCCAACCAAACAACGACUGCUUCCUCAAUGGGAACCUGCCCCUCAACCUCAGCCCCACCUUGCACCCCAAGAACUACCAACCCUCCCUCUUCAAUCACGACCUCACAGGCCCCAACCUUCCCCACCUGCUCAGCUCCAACGACGGCCAGAACACUGGCGACUUCGACAUCAGCCUGGGCUCCGACGGCUUCCUCAAAUCCAACUUCCGUCCUCAGACUCGGCAUUCGUUUGUGGAGGGAAAAACCAACACGCUUCAGUCCGGAGAGAAACACAGCCGCCACUACAUGGAUUCGCACGGCUCGGUUCCAGCCUCCAAUAAGUUUGCCUAUUUGAACUUGUCCAAAAGCUACGGCAAUCUGAGCGACGCCAAAUCUGUGGGGAACCUGAACGACGUGCACCUGUACACGGAGGAGCCCACGGGUCGGUACUUCCCGUCCAGCUGCCUGGACCUGAGCGCGGCCCCUAGCAGCCCCGCCUCUCGCAGAGUGGAGCGGCUGGGGCCCGGCCGCGGCAGCAUGCGAGAGAGAGAGAGCAACACGCUGGACUCGUCGUACAGGAGGUCGUCCACGCGCCACAAAAACUCAGAGGAUGGAGAGGAAGCACAGGACGCCAGAGGACAUGGUCAUGGACACUCGCUCUCUGCUCCUCACGACCCUCAGUACGCACAGGGCUACACCAGUCCCUUCUCCUCUCAGCAGAGACCACACCGACACUCCAUGUACGUGAGGAGAGACCACCAGAGGACCCACGAGGAGGGUCUGUCCGUGGGCCAGGGGAUCCCCACCAGAGCCUCCAGCCUCCAGCUCCUCUCCCCCCAGCUGCAGCACCGCACCCUGCCCCGCCACGCAGCCUCGUCCCGGGAGGAGGACAUGAGCCGGGUGGGGCUGUACCUGGAGCAGGGGGAGGACGUCAGCUCUAGUAAAGAGAACAGAAACAUCUACAGUGAGUCGAUGCCCAGGAGGGUGGGCAGCUUCUACAGAGUCCCCUCUCCGCGACCAGACAACUCCUUCCACGACAGCAGGGGGCAGCAGCGAGCAGGGGACAGUGGCUCCAAACGACAGCCGGCCUUUGACCCCUGGAACGGUCCGGACACAGUCGUCCUGAAUCCUGAACCGUCCAAAGAAAAGGAGAAGCAGGGUUUCUUCAGAGCAAUAAAGAAGAAGAAGAAGAAGUCUCAACUGGUGGAACCCCCCGAUCGCAGACCUCCCUCCCUCAGGAAAAGUCUAUUUCCUCUGUUUAGUCCAAAGAAUCACAUAAAGCGUAGCUCGUCUGUGAGAGUGCUCCCUGUGCUGUCCGCUCCCAUGGCGGCCAAUGAGGCGGCGGAGAACGUCCUUCAGAAGUCAUCUAGAUCCGGACAUCAGAGUCGACACAGAUCCAGAGACAAGAGCCGCGAGCGCGAGGACCGCGACAAGGACUGGCCUCCGGAGAAACUUUCCGACUCACAUUCUCCGAGCCAGCCGCUGAAGUCACUGAGGAAGCUCCUGCACCUGUCGUCGUCCUCGUCCAAUCAGACGGCUCCCUCCGACAUGCGAUACCCCGGCCCGACAACAUCGGGCGGCUUCACGGAGGGCAGGGCUCACUCUGGGGUCAGUACGCCGCAAAUGAAGAGUCGCCAGUACCCACACCCCUCGCAGCUGGACUCAGGCUGGCACUCCUCCGCACUGGGACGUCCUGAAGGCAACCCUUACCCCGAGCAGAUGGGCAUCAAGGCCGGCCAGAACGGGUUCGGACGCCAGUCUCGCUCACGUGUCCCCAACUUAAACGACCUGAAGGAGACGGCACUGUGA